UACUGGCCAAAGAACAAGAACAUGGAUAAAACAAAUUUUGAAGCAAGACAUGGCUUUCCAACAUAUAAAAAUAAUUUACCCAACGGCUCCUUCCAGGCCAUACACACCUAUGAAAGGAGCCCUUUCCACUGUGUGGUUUGACAGGUAUAAGAUCUCUAAUGAUUGUCCAGAACACAUUGAAAGUAUUGAUUCUAUGUGCCGGGGACUUACAGACUUGAUCAACGAUGAGAUUAAAAGCGGUAUUGCAAAGAAUAGGAUACUAAUAGGAGGCUUUUCGAUGGGAGGUGGAAUGGCAAUGCAUGUAGCAUAUAGGUUUCAUCAAGAUCUGGCAGGAGUCUUUGCUUUGUCUAGCUUUCUCAACAGAGACUCUGCUGUUUACCAGGCUUUGAAAAGAAAUGAAAGUGUUGUUCCAGAAUUAUUUCAAUGCCAUGGAACUGCUGAUGAACUAGUUCUCUACUCAUGGGGUGAAGAGACCAACAAGAUGUUAAAAUCACUGGGAGUAUCAGCAUCACUGCAUACUUUCCCAAACCUAAAUCAUGAGUUAAACAGAACUGAAAUAGAGAAACUAAAGACCUGGAUUGUAGAGAAGUUACCUGUUGAAGCAGCAAACACAAAGGAAUAAAAGAAGUUGCAGCUUUCA